AUCACCCGUGCAUGUUGUUUGCUUGUGGAAACUUUGUUUUUUCCUCCAAUUUAAUCGAUAAUGCUCAACGAUCUGAACAAAAACAGGCCCCGCAAACCGAUCUAAAGCACGGUGGUCUAAAACGUUUUGAUAUUGUUGGCGAACAGCUGAUUAGACGCGCGAGCGGCACUUUUGACAAUCAGGCCAAAGCGGCUGCAAUGCGUGCGGAGGCGGAAGAGCAAAGCUUGCUGUACGAGGGCAAGCGGUUUGAAUCAGUGGCACAAUCCCUAUCCGCUCGAGGCUACUUGCGCACAAUCAAACCCUACACGCCACCGGAAAACGUUACCGAGCAGGUGCUUAAGUUGGCCAAAGAGAACGGUUUGACCGACGCCAGGCAGCCGUUCGGUGGGAUGGAGAAGAAAUUUACAUUUCUGUCGGCAUGCGGCAAAGCGCUCGGACAUUGGGUACCGAAUUCAAUGCUGCACGAGGUACAAACCGUGGAGGAUGCUACGAUAUUCUACCAAACACCAAUCGACACACGACUUCCGCUCGAUGCGAUACGCUCGGUAGAGCUGCCGGAAAAUCUCCACAUCCAGCAGGAUUAUGUGCGCUUCCAUCCGGAAACGGAUACGAUGUUCGGUGGAAAGUCGGCCUUCCCGAAGAGUUCGACGGUUGUGACCGGGCUGAAGUACAAACAGAAAUACCGUGGCCACGAGGCGAAGAAAUCUUGGCCAUAGGCGGGGCGGCAACCGUGACCUGGGAUGUAAUGUAGGCGUUAAUAGUGUGUUUGAAAUAAAGGAACCCCGUGGAAAAUUA